AUGUCAUUCAAACAUAUCGUUACCUUACUUUCCGGCCUCGCCGUCUUGUCUGCGGCAUCGCUCUUGAUCAACGCGCGUGCUGCUGCUCCGACUGUCACAAUUGCCUCCGGUGCGAUCAUUGGAACUGCUACCGGUGUUCUCAAUCAACCUACUGUGACAGGGCUUGUGAACGCGUACCUCGGUAUCCCGUAUGCGAGCCCACCCAAGAGGUCUGAAGCGCCUGUUCCUGCACCAGCCUGGAACACAUCUCUCAAUGCUCAGAAAUAUGGUGCUGCUUGUAUACAGCAGUUCAAUGGCUCGGUGAUUGGCCCCUUUUCCGAAGAUUGCUUGUUCGCCAAUGUCUAUGUACCUCCCAACACUACGGUGUCGAGCCAGAAGGCAGUGAUGUUUUGGAUCCACGGUGGUGAUUUGGCCAUUGGCGCCUCUUCGGAGACGACGUUCAAUGCAAGCUCUCUAGCUGUGAACCACGACGUCAUCGUCGUUACUUUCAACUACCGUCUCGGCAUCUUCGGUUUCCCAAACUCUCCCGACCUUCCAUCAUCCCAGCGCAACCCUGGUUACCUUGAUCAACGUCUUGCCUUGCAAUGGACUCGAGACAAUAUCAACGCUUUUGGGGGAGACAAAGCAAACAUCACCAUAUUCGGAGAGUCUGCCGGUGGUUAUUCUGUCGCUCAACUUCUUGCAAACCCGCCCAAGCCUCUGCCCUUCAUCGCUGCAAUCAUGGAGUCGCCUCUGAUCCUCCUGCCUGGUAACGGUACUAAGAACUGGAACAACGUCAGCGCACACUUUGGUUGCGCUACUGCGGACUCAUCUCUCGAGUGCCUACAGAAAGUUGAUGUCUCGGAUUUGAGUGGCUACAUCCAGAGCAGUGGAAUUGGUCUUUUGUGGCCACCAGCAGUCGACGGUGUCACUCAGAGUAAAAGCAUCUCGGAUGCCAUAUCUGCCAAGUCUUUUGCUCAUGUUCCUGUAUACAUGGGCACGAACACUGGAGAAUUCGACGGGCUUCUGAAGACUCUGGGCCUCGGCAAAAACAUUAACAACAAUGCCACUGAACAGCUGUUCGCUCUCUUCGGAUUGAACCUUACGUCGAUCACAGAGAUUCUGGCACCCAAAUAUCCUCAGAAGCUUGCUCCAGUGGAUUUGGUUGGACAGAUCCUCACAGAUUUGUUCUUCACCUGCCCAGUGGCCAAGUUCUCACGAGAGCUCGCCGCCAACCAGUAUGACACAUGGAGAUACUGGUAUGGACUGGUCACUCCCACCUUUGGCUCUGACUAUGCUGCUCAUGCCUCGGAAGUAAACCAAGUCUUCGGAUCCUAUCCUCUGCAGAACGAGAACGGAAAGGCCACAAGCGAUCAAAUCAAAUUGAGCGCAUUGAUGCAGACAGCCUGGACCAACUUUGCCAAAGACCCACACCGUGGCCCUGGAUGGCCUCAGAUUUCGACCAAUUCCAUCAGCAACAAGUUUGGCUUGUUUGGUGGUGUUCGCAAUUCGAGUGGCCUACAGAUUAUUCCUACCUUGACAGCGGACUUCGCUUGUGGUGUGCUUGAUGGUGUUGCAACUUUGAGUAAAGCUGGUGUGUUGGAGGUCAACACUCCAUUCGAGAUCUGA